CGAUGCUACACGAACUUCACGACUUCCACCUUUGCGGAUUCUUACACGCAAGUCCACUCGAGACUCAGCUAGGAUGGAGGACGCGACUCCCCAAUUGAAGAGGAAGGCCGAGGAGGCUGCAGCACAGAAGAGGGCCAAGAAGCAGAGGAAGAACGAGGCUGCCGCUGCCGCUGCGCUCAACGAUGGUCGCAACGACGAAUCUUCAAAUGGCGCAACCGGUGCAACGCCCAAGUCGAAUGCGUCUACGCCAAAGAAGCGAUCGACGUCUACCCCGAAAACGAAUGGUGCGAGCAAAGAUGCGCCGGCUGAAGUCAACGGAGCACUGGACAUGUCAGGAUUAUCAAAGGCAGCUCUCAAGAAGCAGGAAAAGAAGGACAGAAAGGAAAGGAACAGACAAGAGCGCAACGAACUGAUCGAGGCCGAGGUAUCAGGUAUAGUCAAAAAGAAGAAGAGCAAGAAGACUGAUAGGUGGGCUUCGUCACCCGCUCAUGGAGGAUGGUUCCUACCAGCCGACCCUGUCUUCUCGCCCGACGAGAAAUACCUGCUCAUCGCCAACGCCAAGUCACUUCGUGUCUAUGCAACCGAAACAUCGUUGCUCGCCAAUACACUUUCCGAAGACGACACAGGCGCCCUCACAGCUUAUGCUCUAUCACCCACGAACCCCCACCUCGUGUACGUCGCAUACUCAAUUGGGCACAUAAUACUGUGGAACUGGGUGGCUGGCAAGAAAGCUGGUCGAUGGAACAUUGGUGCUACAGUCCGCCACAUGACAGUCAUUGCGCAGUCAGACUCCUCCGAGGAUGAUCUUACAUAUUGUCAUGAAACUGAUGAGGGACACACCAUCAGUGUGCACGCACUUCGUACGAAGCGUCAAGAUACCCGGACAGAACUCAAGCAAGUCAAGCAAAUACUGAGCAGUGCGAGCUCUGCAAUCCGCGGUGUCCAGGUACUUAUGCAAGGCAAGUACGUCGUGGUUGCUACAUCUGACUCUCUCGUGGUCGGAAAGCGCACGAAGGCUAGCAAGACAGCAUUCGAGGACUUGGAGUACGUCUGGCGGGAAUUCAAAUUCUCGAAGCACAUCACGACCUUUAACGUCUAUCACCGCGAGCAUCAAGAGAAUGACAACGGAAACAAGACUCCACAAAGUCAAAGGGAUGUUCUUGACAUUGCUGUUGGAGAAGAAACCGGGGUGAUCCUUCUUUUCGAAGACAUUCUGGCUUCUUUUGCUGCAGUUGAGAAAGGCAAUGCCGAAAGCUUCAGGCCCAAGAGACUCCAUUGGCAUAGAGAUGCGAUAGGGUCUGUCAAAUGGUCGUUGGAUGGCAACUACCUUAUCUCGGGAGGUGAUGAGACAGUCCUCACGAUGUGGCAGCUUGCUACUGGACAACCACAGCAUCUACCCCAUCUUUCCGCGGCUAUUGAGAACGUUGUGGUUUCUCCCACGGGCUCAGCGUAUGCGUUGACGUUGGCUAACAAUUCUGUCAUUGUUCUGUCUACCACCGAGCUCGAGGCCCGCACAAACAUCAUCGGUAUCCAAUCACGUCGAAUCGACGUCGAACAGCUGUCUAGGGAUGGUGACAACACGUUUGGCAUCUUUGAUGCAGUGCCCAUGGCUGUCAACCCGGCCAACUCGACCGAAGUGUUCUUCGCUGUACCAUCGUCACAACCUCGUCACAACAAGAAGGACGAGGGUUUCAGACCUGAGCCAUACCUACAGACAUUUGACCUUGCGAAUGAUCGCGCAAAAGGGCGACAGGCGCUCACCCGCAACAAUGCGACGGAGCCCAAUGUCGCCCCUGAUGGACGCCAAAUCAAGGAGCCUACAGUUACGCAUAUCCAAGUCAGCCAUGACGGAGAAUGGCUUGCGACAAUUGAUGAGUGGGUACCGUCACAACUGGACACUCGUUAUGUGAAUGAAGGUAUUCCAGAGUUCAAUGAACAGGAACGCCUGCGCCGCCGCGAGGUGUAUCUCAAGGUCUGGCGACGCGACAAAAGCAGCGCGCAAUGGAAGUUGGAAACACGCAUUGACGCACCACACUUCUUCGAAGACGUAUGUGGUAAUGGGCGAGUAUUCCAUCUUGUCGCUGAUCCGGCUGCUGCGGGCUUCGCAACUGUCGGCGAAGAUCACGUCGUACGGAUAUGGAGACCUAAGACACGAUCACGCGAUGGAGUCAUCGUUCGUGGGGCCCAACAGGAAGGUCUGGUCACCUGGUCGCUCGACCGGUCAAUUGAAAUCAACGACAAGCUCGACAUCACCGAAGGUUCACAGCGUACCUUACCGCCGCGCACUUCACGAUUGGCCUUUUCAUCCGAUGGCUCGGUCCUUGCUGCUUCAAUCUCUUGGGAUUUGGAAGAAGACGCCGGUGUCACACAUCUGAUCGAUGUUCAAUCUGCAACAGUUCGACGAUCGCUCACUGAGAUCGAUGUAACGGCCCUCUCUGGACUUGGUUUCGUCGGGCAAUAUCUUAUAGUGGUUGCUGAUGCCAUCACCGUCUGGGAUAUGGUCUCUGACGGACUUGCAUACAGCAUACCAAUCGAUACUCCCGGCAUCGGACGCCUAGAGCGCGCACCGCUCGUUCGACUAGCUUGCAACAGCACUGACGGUACAUUCGCUGUAUCACUACCUCGGUUCGAGAAGAACGAAUCCACACCUACCCCCACUAAGAAGGUUUCGUCCAGGAUGUUUAUAUACGGACCAGAGCAUCAAAAGCCCAUUUGGAAAGACACAUAUUCUAGUAUUACCAUGGGUCUUGCAUCUCAGAAAAGCGGUUACGUUGUUCUUGACUCAAAGGCGUACUUCAGGACCAUCACCCCAAGUGCUGGGUCGUUGCAGCUGCUGACUCCUCCACCAGAGGAGCAACUCGAAAUGCAUCACAUCUCCUACCCUGAGGAUAGCGAGGAAGACGACUCUGGCAAGCCUUUGGCGAAACUGUUGGUUUCCGAUGAUCUCACUCAAGAUAUUGAGCGUGACGAGCAGGUCUUCAGCAUGCAGGAUUUGCAGAACGUGCUGCAUGACGGUUCUGUCCCUCCCCCACCGCAGGGUUUGUUUAGUAAUAUUUUGGCGCUCAUUGGGAAGCCGCAAACGGCAUCAGCAUAGGGGGCUGCCGUCGUGUAAUAUAGUUUUCACAGAAUACUACGACAUGGAGAUAUUUUACUUGAACUGGCUGUAUAAGGUGACACUCGAGAUGAUGCUAGACACCUAGUGUGAGGCACGUAAGUCAUCGGGUAGGCGCAUGAAGAACUAUGCUACCAAACAAGAAGAAUAGG